GUGAUUCCCCUUUCUUAGAUAGAAAGAGUCGCAAAUUGAGUCAGAUCUAGCAUCAUGAAUCCGGACGUAAGUGUCUUGAUAAAGAGGAUAAAUUUGCAACAAACCUACAACACCGAAGAUUGUGAUGGUUGCAGCUUUCGCAGAACGUACGCUUUUCGCAGAAAGACGCGGCCUUCUUUUCAAACUUCGAGAAAGAGGGCCAGAGUUGCCAGGACAAAUUUCGACAAGUGCAUCGAACGGUGUGGGAUUUUGGAUAACGAUAACAAAACCAACAGCGAGGACAAGCGGGACAAAAACUACAAGAAAAUGAAGAAGAAGAAAAUAAGGGACCUGUUCAUUACAUCGUUGUCACAUCAACAGAAAGUUAUUCCUUGGUUGGUCAAGUGGAAAAAUAAGAAAAUACAUCCUUCCAGAAGAAUUCAAGAAAUUGAUGGUGGAUUCUUCGAGAAAUUCGGAUCAUUAUUCAGGGAAAACGCUGAACUGGCCAUAUCCCGCGAGAAAGAAGAAAAAGAGGAUGUAGCCAAGGCAGCUGCUAUAGCCAACUCUUCUGAAGAGAGUGAUGUUAUUCCACCAGAUACAGAAAUCGAAUCUGAUACUAUAUCAACAUCAUCGGAUUCUGAAUCCAACGAUCAAAAGAACAAGACUGAAAUAAUUUCUGCAGCACUUAAUAUCGAUGAACUGUAUUCCGAAAUUCUGUACGAAAUCAUCCACAAUAUCGGUUGCGACCUGAGUUGCGAUAUUGGACAGACUGCCUUACUUUCCUACGUUCAAGACGCUUUUCACGUUUCAAAUGAGUAUCAUCAGAACAUGUUCAACGCUGCUGAACAGAAGGAAGCACCAAAAAUACUUCUAAAUGUUGAGGUGAUAGAAGCUAAGGAUUUAGCACCAAAAGAUUCGAACGGACUGAGUGAUCCUUUUGUAACCCUCUACCUUACAUCCAAUCCUGCUCACAAAUACAAUUCGUCGAUGAAAGAAGCAACUUUGAGCCCCAUGUGGGAGGAGCAUUUCGCACUACCUUGGUCAGAUAAUGCAACUGACGAUAACUUAUGCCUAGAAGUGUGGGAUUUUGAUCCAGCUGAGUCUGUCACAGAAAAAUUUGGCAAAAUAUUCGAUGUAAAAGGAGUGAAGGGAGUGAGAAAGCUGAUGAAGGAAAUUGCUGUUACUGCUGCACAUGGUCAGCAUGAAAAUGAAUUGAUUGGAAGAGCAAGAAUUCCUCUGAAUACUAUUCCAGCUGCAGGGAUGACCAUGUGGUACAGUUUGGAUAAAAAGAAUAAAGAUACUAGACAAGGUAUUAUCAAAGUAAGACUGUCAUUCAGCUCCAAGAAGAACAGCUUAGUAGCAGAACAAGAACAUCGUCAUUUGUUGCGUAUACUAUUGUUGCACGAGCUGGAAAAAUCAAAGGUAGCGCCUCAUUGGUGGUGUGGUUCUUUCAGCCAGCAGGGUGAAGCCAUCAUAACUCAACACAUUAUUCAGUCAGGUCUUUCCAAAACAGAAGCUGCCGUCUGCCAAUGGGCUACUUACAUCAAAAUCCAUCAGAAUCAUGCUUUGAGCUUCGUCUUAUUCUCUAAUCUAUUGGACAAACUGAUCAAACCACUACAAGGCAAUAAUUCACUCAGUUCAGAAGAUACCAAACUGUUCUGGAAUUCAACCAUUAAAUUGCUGCCAUACUGUUUCAGUGUGAUUAGAAGGAUCAAGAGGAAACAGGCUGAUAAAAAUUUGGUUAAGAGUGUUAAUGAGGUUCUGACCAUAUUAUCCAAAAUUGCAACUUUGGAACCGCCAAAUAAUUUGAACUUGUUUCCAAGCACUUUAUAUCCGUGGAUUCCAGACAUCGAAGAAGUGAACAAUUUAACUAUAAGAGAAGUUCUUUUGAGCGCAAUUAGAGUUAGUGCCUCUAAUUGGUAUGACUAUAUAGUGGAGAACAACAAGAAUUCUGAUUCAAGUGAUACAGCCAAACUCCAGUUGAUCAAUAAAGUUUUCAAUUUGGUCAGAUGUGAUUUGCAGAAAGCAAUAGAAUUCUUUGAUAAGACGUUUUAUGAAAAAGCUGGAGUUGCGUACACCAAGGAACUCUACAUAAUUUACCAACAGAAAGUGAGUGAACUAGCUGAAGAGGAAGUGAUGAAUAUUUGUAAAAGUCUGAAAAAACUUAAUUUCAAUGGGAAUUCCCUAAAUGAGGAGUCCCACAAGGAACCUUUAGAUCAAGGAACGAAGUUGUUUGAGCUCUACCUUGGUAUCCAACGCUUUGUCGUUUUUGGACAAGGUGUCUGCCCUGUUGACUGUGAUAAUUUUUAUAUAAAUAAUUUUUACAAGUGGUUCCACGAUGGUGUGGCUCAGUGGUUGGAAAUAGCUGUUUAUAAGGCUCAACAAAGGAUAGAGAAAGCUGUCGAGUUAGAUGAAUUGGUACCUGUUGAUCCCACUGUCAAAUAUAGUUCUUCGGCUGUUAAUACGCUUUCAAUUUUUUACCAGGUAAAAGUGUUCUGGACACAACUCAAUUGGCCAGAUGUUGAAGGUUGUUACACUUUCAUCGCUAAAAUGAUUGACGAUAUUUGUCGAUGUGGUGUUUUCUACGCCCAGAGAAUGUCCAGGAAGGUUGCUGGUAUGGGUGAUAUACAGAAUGCCUACGAGCAACGUUUUGAGGUUACCAACGAAUGGUGUUUAUCUAUUAACAAUAUAGAAUAUGUAUCUCAAGCGCUGAGGCCUUUCACUACUGAAUUGGGUAUGGAUGAGGUUGUCAAAAAACUGGCGGACUUGAAGAGUCCGAUUGAUGCCCAAAGAUGCCAACAGACACUGUUCAACGUCAUCGAUAAUGCUGUCGACACAGUGAAGAAUGAGAUAUUCGAUCUGAUGGAGUGUGUAAUAUCUAAGAUGGCACCGUCUAUGAAACGACUGCUGAUAGAAGGAGCAGAACUUUUCAACCAAGACAAUAACAGUGUCGAUAGAUUGAUGUCUUAUGUUGACAACAAUCUCAGCACAUUAUACCGUGAACUGAAUGAAGAAAAUUUCGACAGAACCAUCUAUAUGGUUUGGGAGCAAGUUGGAAAAAUACUGAAUGAUAUAAUUCAAACAAGCUUGGAAAAUCGUCGACCGCCUUCCUUUUUCGCAAAUUUGCACAAAACCUUGAAUCUGAUGCUGGGCUCCUUCAAGACAUCAGACGAUUGUGCUAGAUGCGAUGGGUUGAUUCAGGCAGAGCGCUUGUUGAAAGUAUAUGGUUUAGAGACCAAUGAUCUCAUUCAUCAAGUGAACCUGGAUUUGCAUGAGGAAUUCAUGAGUGAGACAGAGUCACGGUAUGGUGUGUUGACCGUCAGAACGAAAUUUGAAGGCAACACUUUGUACAUUGAAAUUCUCAACGCUAAGAUAUUGGUGGCGAUGGAUUCCAAUGGCUUAUGUGAUGCCUUUGUCCGUGUUCACCUUAUGCCUGAGGAUAAAUUCAGAAACCACGAACAACCAAAGACCAAAACUCACAAUAAGAACCUGAUGCCAUUAUUCGACGAAGUUUUUGAAAUUAAACUUUCUGAUGAACAAAGAUUGAUGGAUGAUGGCCUUCUUCUGUUCAGUGUGAAAGACAAAGACUUACUAGGGUACAACAAUAAGCAUAUAGGAGAAGCAUUUAUUCAUUUCAGAGAUAUAAUUGAUACCGAAGGUCCCCUUUCAGCAUUACCUCAAGUUCAUCUCCAACUAUCCAGGCCUGUAAAUGUUGAUGCCUUAACUGUGAAAGCUUUGGAGCAUCGGCAAGGAGAGAAGUUAGCUAAGGAAUUCUUGAAGAAAUUCAAACAAAGAAUGGGCACUAAUAAUCCAAAAGCAAGCAAUCCAUGAAAACAAGACUGUAUUUAUGAAUGUACAUAAUGAAACUAUAGAUUUUUAACUUAAGAGAAAAUAAUAAAUUGUUUAUAUUGUUGAAUGUAUUUAUUAUAAGAAAGCUUUUUAAUUCAA